GUUUUCAUGAAAUUAUAUAAAUGGAUAAGAACGUUCUACCAAAGUGAAUAUCGAGGAAAUUAUAGCGGGCCAUCAUUCCUCGGACAAGCAGCGUGAGGAAGGGAAGGAUCCCAAGCAUAGUAAUGUAAACAGUGAGCAGCGCGGUGCUAGCCACAGGAAUGGCUGAAGCAGGGACAAGCUCCUCAGACUGGCAGACAGGACUGAAUUGCCUAAGUCACAGAGCAAAUCAUAUCCUAAAUUCUAGCCAGUGGUCUGAUUGCAGUUUCCUUGUUGGCAAUGAAAAUAAUCAGAAGACUAUUCACGGGCAUCGCCUGAUUCUAGCCAUGUCAUCACCAGUGUUUGAAACAAUGUUUUUUGGAGGACUUCCAGAAAAAAGUGAAAAGCCGAUAGAAAUUCUGGAUGUGCAGCCUGAAGCUUUUAGAGCAUUACUUCAAUACAUCUAUACAGAUGAAAUCAACCUGAAAUCUUUUGAUCAAGUGUGUGAGAUAUGCUAUGCUGCGAAGAAGUACAUGAUUCCGGCCUUGGUAAAACAGUGCACCGAGUUUAUAUGGGGAGAUCUUUACCCUGGAAAUGUAUGUCGGGCUUAUGAAUUUGCUCUGUUGUUUGAAGAACCAAGAUUAAUAGGGAAAUGUUUGCAGAUUAUUGAGAAGAGAACAGAUGAAGUGUUAAAGGAUCCAUCUUUUGAGGAAAUGGGUCUCUCUACUCUGAGAACAAUUCUUAAGCAAGAGAAUCUUAAUGUAUCAGAGUUGGUGCUUUGGGAUGCCUUGCUAAACUGGGCUGUUCAAGAAUGUGGGCGGCAAUCUCUUGAGGUGAAUGCUGAGAAUCAGCGGAAGGUGCUUGGUGAAUGCUUUGGUAUGGUGAGGUUUUUGACUCUCAAGCCAUCUGAAUUUGCCAAUGGACCAGCUAUGUCUGGACUUCUUACGAAAGAGGAGAGCUAUUCUUUACUGAUGAACAUUUCUUCCCCUGGAGUAGCACCUCUUCCGUCAACUAUUUGUAAAACGUGCAAAAGUCGACAAAAGCUUCUCACACCUCCUCGAAACGUGGAAUCAAAUUAUAUGGAAAGACCAAAAGUCCGUCAGUGGUGCGAGUGUGCUGGAGAAAUGGCAGAUGUCUUGCUGAAUGAACAGUUAGUGGAUUGUUCUUUAUCAUUUUCUGUGAGCAGUAACAUUUACAUCCAUGGUAUGCAUGUGCCAACUCAAAUUCUUUCUGAAAAUGUACCAGAGCAUUUGACAUUUCCUAUGAGUUAUUCAGAAUAUUCAGAAUUAAUAUACGCCUUUCUUCAAGACUCCGAUGGCUGCAGACUCACUUACACACACUUCACUGCACGUGUGCCUUGGAAUAGCUCUGUUGAAGUCAUAUUUAAUAGGCCAAUUAUGAUUACACCUAAUAAAACAUAUAAAAUCGUAGUGGUGCUAAACAAAGUAGGAAGAUAUCCUCUCUUUCACAUCUCACCUCAACUUCAUCUGGACUCUGUAACAUUUAGUUUCGGCAGAGAGAGAACGCGUGAUGGUCUAGGACUUAUAAGAGCUAUAAUAUUUGGUUAUCCUUCUUAGAUUACACUGCUUAUUUUAGAACAUACAGUAUCUGGUUCUUAAGUUGUGUGUUCCUUUUAGUUGAAAUGCAGAGUGAAAUAAAUACACAAUAAUUUUGUUAGUGGUGUGUAGUUAUGAGAGAGAGAGAGAGAGAGAGAGAGAGAGAGAGAGAGAGAGAGAGAGAGAGAGAGAGAGAGAGAGAGAGAGAGAGAGAGAGAGAAUUUACUUAUAAUUAAUAUCCAUGCAUUCAUUUUGUCAACAUUAUAUGAUCACUAAAAAUGCAGAAUUACUUGGCAUUGAAAAAUCAAUCAUAAUCCUGUUAAUCUAUAUGUAGUUUGUGUAAAGAGACAUUGGAAGUAUUGGAUUAUUGGCAGAUUUAUAAGUAAAGCAGUACAUUAUUAUUUGUACAUAAAAAUAUACUAUCAUUAAAAAAGCAAUUCACAACUUAGAUGUGACAAUGCAAUUUCUGAUAAUCAUCAUGUAAAGGUAGGUUGACUUAUGCCAUUUUGUGACUGAAAUUUUACGUAGGUAGAGUUUCCAACUCAAAAUCAGUGGCUAUUGACUGGAGAAAGCAGUCGCAAAACAAGACCAACAAGUUGCUCUUGUUAGCCGAUUUGUGACGUCACAGAUUAAGCUUUGAAAAUAAUUACAGUAAAAAAGAUUGCACAAAUAAUCGUUUGACGAAAUAGCGGUCACUCUACAAAAACUGUUUCCUUCAAUGCGGAGUGUUGUUGGAGGUGAGGAUGGAAGACUUAUCAGGAUUUAAUUUGAUCACAAUUGUGCAAAAUCUUCUAAGAUUAGUGUGUGAUAGACACUUCUUUCUUUCCUUCUACUUAGCCAGGGACACAUCCACAAGCAUUUUCUUUUCUGUUGACUCUCCCGGUAUGCCAAAAGAAGGGCAACCACAGCUUCAGCAUCAUCACUGGAGGAAGACAUCUUGGCAGAUAGCGGAUUGUUUACAUUCACCUCCCGCCAAGGCGCCAACUAGUCGAUACUUUCCAGUGUGACACUCCAACUAGAAGGGAUGAGUCGGAAACUCUACCUACAUAAGAUUUCAGUCACAAAUUGGCAAGUGUAAAGCUGCCUUAAUUGUGAGAAAGAGAGGGAUGGAGGGGGAGGGAAAGAGGGUGGGUGGGAGGGAAGGAGAGGUGGGGAUAGGGGAGUGGGGAAAUGGGAGAGGAGAGAGAGAGAGAGAGAGAGAGAGAGAGAGAGAGAGAGAGAGAGAGAGAGAGAGAGAGAGAGAGAGAGAGAGAUUUAAAGUGAUGGUAAAGAAGCUGUACAUGCUGCUGUAAAAGUUCUAUAAAAAUAUAUUCUUGAAGCAAGAAUCUCAGAUUGAUGUAAUUGUUUGAUGUAUUACUUGAAGACUAAUAAAAUACAUUUUUCUAUGUUA